ACAGUUUCCCAGCGGGAAGCGGCGCUCGCUAAAGCUCGAGGUGCUGCGGGGCUCGCCAGCCUCGGCCUCCCAUUCCUGGUGGCACGUUCUGUGUGUGCACGGGGCACUCGUUCCGCCCCCGCUGCCGCGUACUUGUGUCCGAGGGCCCUGCGGGUGAAGGGGGGAGAGAGAAAGAGAGCGCGCGAGAGCCCUGGGUCCGGAAGUUACGUGUCCCCCGCCCGCAUUUCCGGCGCGGAGGGAGUGUAGCCUAAUGAGCUGGCGGAGGACCCGCCGCUGGAGCCGCCGCCGACCGGGAUCAGCGCGAGCUCGGGACCCCCGGGCUGCGGGUCUCCCGGCCGGGGCCAUGUUCCGCACCGCCGUGAUGAUGGCCGCCAGCCUGGCGCUGACCGGGGCCGUGGUGGCCCACGCUUACUACCUCAAGCACCAGUUCUACCCCACUGUGGUCUACCUGACCAAGUCCAGUCCCAGCAUGGCGGUCCUGUACAUCCAGGCCUUCGUGCUCGUCUUUCUCCUGGGCAAAGUGAUGGGCAAGGUGUUCUUCGGCCAGCUGAGAGCUGCCGAGAUGGAGCACCUCCUGGAGCGCUCCUGGUAUGCAGUGACCGAGACUUGUCUCGCCUUCACGGUCUUCCGGGAUGACUUCAGCCCCCGGUUUGUGGCGCUCUUCACCCUUCUCCUCUUCCUCAAGUGUUUCCACUGGCUGGCUGAGGACCGCGUGGAUUUUAUGGAGCGGAGUCCCAACAUCUCCUGGCUCUUUCACUGCCGAAUUGUCUCCCUCAUGCUCCUCCUGGGCGCCCUGGACUUCCUCUUUGUUAAUCACGCCUAUCACAGCAUCCUGACGCGCGGGGCCUCCGUGCAGCUGGUCUUCGGCUUUGAGUACGCCAUCCUAAUGACCAUGGUCCUCACCAUCUUCAUAAAGUACGUGCUGCACUCCAUCGAUCUCCAGAAUGAGAACCCCUGGGAUAACAAGGCCGUCUACAUGCUCUACACGGAGCUCUUCACAGGCUUCAUCAAGGUGCUGCUCUACAUGGCCUUCAUGACCAUCAUGAUCAAGGUGCACACCUUCCCGCUCUUUGCCAUCCGGCCCAUGUACCUGGCCAUGAGGCAGUUUAAGAAAGCGGUGACGGACGCCAUCAUGUCUCGCCGGGCCAUCCGCAACAUGAACACGCUGUACCCGGACGCCACGGCCGAGGAGCUCCAAGCCAUGGACAACGUCUGCAUCAUCUGCAGAGAAGAGAUGGUCACGGGCGCCAAGAGGCUUCCCUGCAACCAUAUCUUCCAUACCAGCUGCCUGCGUUCCUGGUUCCAGCGGCAGCAGACCUGCCCUACCUGCCGGAUGGACGUUCUGCGGGCCUCGCUUCCUGUCCAGUCCCCACCGGCGCAGGAGGCUCCUGACCAUGGCCCCCCACCUGCUCCCCACCAGCCCCCCAUUCUCCCCCAGCCCCCCAACUUUCCCCAAGGCCUCCUGCCUCCAUUUCCUCCUGGGAUGUUCCCCCUCUGGCCUCCCAUGGGUCCCUUUCCCCCCAUGCCACCUCCCAGCAAUGCGGACGCCCCUCCUGCCACACCUUCCACCUCAGGCAACGCUUCUCGGGCCUCCGGGUCUGUCCCUGAGCCUGCUCCGGCUCCCGGCUUUCCCUUCCCUCCUCCCUGGAUGGGCAUGCCCCUGCCUCCACCGUUUGGAUUCCCCCCCAUGCCAGUGCCCCCAGCAGGCUUUGCAGGCCUGACGGCUGAGGAGCUACAGGCCCUGGAGGGCCACGAGCGGCAGCACCUGGAAGCUCGGCUACAAAGCCUUCGAAAUAUCCAUACCCUGCUGGACGCUGCCAUGCUGCAGAUCAACCAGUACCUCACUGUGCUGGCCUCCCUGGGCCCUCCCCGACCUCCUGCUCCCGCCAGUCCCCCUGCAGCAUCUACACCUGCUGCUGCAGCCUCCUCUUCCAGCAGCAUCCCCAGUUCCGAGGCGACACCUCCCUCACCGGAAGCCUCUCCUCCUCCCCCCGACCCAGUACAGCUGCAGCCGGACCCAUCUGCAGAGUCUAUUGGGGCCGAGGACCUGGCGGAAGAUGUGGAACCCGAUGCAGUGGAGCUCCGCCGCCGCCGCCUGCAGAAGCUGGGGUCCCCUGCUUCCCAAUGACACUGCCCGACCUCGUCCCACUCCCCAACCUUGUGUUUUGACUGUGAUGCCCUCGUGCUCGGGUGAGAAGUGGAUCCCACCGCCAAGUGCCAUCUCCCCUCUCACCAGGCUUUGGAAAAGAAUGUGAGGUUCCGGCGUCCUCUCCCGACUGGCAGAAAGGCCCCCACUAGUGCCACCUGGGAGCUCCCGAAUCUAAGUCACGUGGCUUGGGCCGUUUAUGGGCCCGCUGGAGUGGUGGGCCGGAGACCUGUGGGUCAGCCUCCUUUCCUGAUCUUUGCCCACUCCCUGCAGCCUGUCCUAACUCCAGGCAGAACUGGGGCUCUGGAGGUCUCUGAGAAGCCAGUUUCCGGCCCCAUUUACUCCUCCCUUUGGGGGAAGCUGGGAGGAGGGCGGACAUUCUGAAGACGCGUUUCCUCAGAGCUGCGAAGCCCAGCUCAAGCUGAGGGAGUGGCCCCUGCUCCCAACAGUAUUAGCUCUCGCUCCCAGGGGCUCGAGGCGAGCUGGGCUUCUACGACCCCUACCUCCAGCAGUCCCUUUGUAGUACCAGUAGCGCCCCAUUGCCCCUUCGCACUCCUGUCCGUGCCCUACCGGUGACUCCAUGUCAGGAGUGCUUGGGCCAGGCUGGGACAGCCCGCUCCAGGUGGAGGGUCCCCAAGGGAGACCCCUGCUGGGCUGCUCCCCAUGAGUGAUACGAUGGGAUGUUGGCAGCGUGGGGUGCUCUGGUGUCAUGAGGCUGAGCCGUCCUCAGCCAGAAUGCUCGCUUUUCUUCUGCCCAGGCUGGGCCGGUCCAGAACCGUCCCGGCCGGGAAGCACCGGCAGUUUUCUGAAACUCAUUGCUUUGGGGGGAAUCUCUUGUUGCCGUCUUUUGGUUAAAACCCAACCCGCAAGCUUACUUCCGCUAGCCCGGCAGGGAGGAGAGGGAACCUUGCCCGGGGUUUCUCCAGGUCGGCAUUGCCAGGACUGGGCCCAGCCUCCCCCAGGCCUUCCCCUGCUCUCCUUUGUUGCCCUGUGUUUUGUGUGUUACAAAAGUUGCUGGAGACAGUUUCAGAUUAUUUAAUUUGUAAAUAUUGUACAAAUUUUAAUAGCCUCAAUUGUAUAUACGGCCAAAAUAAAAACUUGCAUUAAAGUUGGUGCCAGGUUGUGACGUGGUACCCCUUCUCCCUGGG